UACGUCCCAGAGUCUUUGCCUCAUGUAGCUGCUGGAAACUUGGUGCGGUGCAUUGAAAACGCUUUAAAACCGGUAAUUUCGCAUCCUGAGGCUCUUGUGGUUGUAGAUUUCGAAUAUAUCGCGUUCGUAGUAAUGAAGUCUUCCUUCGACCAGCCCACCGCGAGACCCGCCAACAUGAGCGUGGACCUUAAGACGUACGUGAGUGUCGAGUCGUAUCCGAGCCAGGAAGACCUCAACGCUUGGCAGCGGAUCAGCUUCUGUAAAGCUUCCAAGAGACACCACCAACAUCUGGACGUCGGCUGCGGGCUGGGAAAGUUCACCCGCAACCACCUGCUGCCUUUCUCGCGUCCUUGUCGAAGGCUCGUCGCUGUCGACCGUUGUCCCAGGAUCGUCGAGUACGCCCGCGAGAGCACGUGGCAUUCCGAGAUCUUCUACGAUGUGCUGGACAUCGAAAAAGAUGAUGACGUUACGCUGUUUAUUGGCAAGUAUGGCAAGUUUGAACGUGUCUACUCGUUCAUGUGCUUCCAUUUUGUGAAAAACCAACAGGCUGCUUACAGGAACGUGCGCCGGCUGUUGGCCGAAAAUGGCGAAUGCGUCGUGGUAUCGUGCGUGAGCACCCAACUCACGGACGUUUGGCUCCAGGUUCACGAAACGCAGAAGUGGAAGGCAUACGUGCCGGACCCAAAAGAGAUAUUCUCAUCGUACUUCCGCUUCAACUGUGUUGCACCAUUCCGUCAAAUUGAAGAUGAAACCACCACGUUUCUCACACAAGCCGGUUUGCAUUGCGUCAGAUGCGAGGUGUACGAAAAUGAGUGGACUUUUCCAGACAUCGACACCAUUAUUCAUUUCUUCUUCGCUAUCUUCGGAUCGGAAGAAGUGGUUCCACAUUCGGAAAAAGAAGCGUUUAAAAAUGUAUGGAGGACGAUUCUCGAAAAGAAAACCCAAGAGAGGCUAGAAGGGGGCCGUCAACUGAAGUUCCUCAUUUCGGUCGCACACGCGUCACAUGUUGCAUGAUCGGGAGUUCUUGAAUAGGGGCCACAAAAGUCUGGGGCCACAAAGCCCUUUGCGCAUGCACGCUUUGUGUCAAGCAAGAGCGAAGAGCUUUCGAAUAGGGUCUGCUGUGAUUUGGAUGCUCACCCAAUUCUUGGUCAUGUCACUUCAGUGGGUGCCGUUAGGUUUGUCUUAACCAAAACUUUUGGGGCAGGCUUUGGAGCCCCCGCUAAAUUUGGGAAAUAGUGUCCCCAACCAAAAAGCCAGACGUGGUUCGGGUUUUGCACAUGUGCAGUAGCAUUGACGCUAUUACUUCGGGGCCCUAAACUUUUGGGGUCCCUGUUCGAAGACUCCCUAAUAUAGGUUGUCUUGACAGGUCAUGUAUGUUAAAAAAUUCUACGAAUUCACAACGCCUACACAGUGUUCUCUGCACUGUUUCCAAGUCAGGCACAGGGGCAUUUAAAUCUGAUAUUUCAGCGGUGGAAAAUGUCUUAAAGAACUUCUAAAACGCUGUGACUUUAGGUUGUUUCUUUAUCACCUUCACUACCCUGCAUACAAGCGCCAUCUCCUCCUCGCAAGUUGUUACAUGCGAAGCAUUUCAUUGCGUACGGCAAGCACUUUGAGCAUCUAUCUAUCUAUCUAUCUAUCUAUCUAU